CAGGUCUGAAAGACUGCUUAUAUGCAAAGAGGAAAGGACAGCGCACAUGAGAGGGUGUGUGUGUGCGUGUGUGUUUGUGUGUGCGUGUCACACACAACACCACACAUUCAGCAAAAGAGGAAGAGAGACCAAGCAAUGCUGAUAAACACACGAUCAUGACACUUUGUGUUGUGGAUUUAAAAGCAUCUGGAUUAUCAGAUUGCUGGAUUGGGAAUCAAAGGACUGAUCCAGGAGAUCAUGGAACAUGGGAGUGGCGGAUAUGCACUUGUUAACCAGUCACAACACACUAACUCCUCCGUGGUCUCCGAGUACAGUGAUGUUACGCUCGUGCUGCUGGGGGCAACUAUGGUUCUUCUGGUUCUGGCCAUAGUGUUUGGUAACAUGCUGGUGAUUACUGCCAUCCUGAGGUUCCAGCGGCUGCAGACGGUCACCAACCUUUUCGUUGCCUCACUGGCUGCUGCUGACUUAAUCAUGGGAAUGUUUGUUGUCCCCUUUGGCUCCAGUUACAUCCUGCUGGGAGACUGGAAGUAUGGAAACUUCAUGUGCGCCUUUUGGACGGCAGCUGACGUGUUGUGCGUGACUGCUAGUAUAGAAACGCUGUGUGUGAUUGCUCUGGACCGUUACCUCGCCAUUACCUCACCUCUGCGAUACCCAACACUGCUCACCAGGUGUCGAGCCUGUGCUGUGAUCCUUGGUGUUUGGGCAGUGGCCUCCCUCAUCUCCUUUCUACCCAUCCACAUGAAGUGGUGGGUGUCCGAGGAUGAGGAGGCUCUCCGUUGCUUGGCUGAUGAGAGCUGCUGUGAUUUCAACACCAAUGCCGCCUACGCUGUGACUUCCUCAAUAGUGUCCUUCUACUUGCCACUGGUGGUGAUGAUUUUCCUGUACAGCCGGGUGUUCCAGGAGGCCCAGAAACAGCUGAAAAAGAUCAGAAGAAGAGAGCGGCACCUCUGUAACUUGCACUAUACCGCACAGCUUCCUCAUCCUGAAGAUAGCCCUUCAAUUAAAAAACUCAGGACAGGAAUGACGGAGGAAGAAGACGUCAGUAGGGAUGGAGUAAAUGAGAAGACAAUAGAAGAUCUAGACACAGAAAAAGAAGAAGUGGACAUCGAGAGUAAGAAAUGGAAGACAGAACAAAGAGAGGAGGGAAAGAAGCGAAAGAAAUCUACUACAAAGCGGCUUAAGUUCUGUCUUAAGGAGCACAAGGCUGUGAAAACUCUGGGGCUCAUCAUGGGCACGUUUACACUGUGCUGGCUGCCCUUCUUCAUUCUCAACAUCCUGGUAACCUUCUGCACUCUGAGUGAAGUUAAGAUCCUCUUCAGAAUUUUCAACUGGCUAGGCUACUCCAACUCAGCCUUCAAUCCACUUAUCUACUGCCGCAGCCCCGACUUCAGGCACGCCUUUCAGGAGAUACUCUGCCUUAGGGGCAAGACAGGUAGAGGACGAUGGAUAAGGUGUAGGUGGUGCACAGAGAAGUACCUCUACUCCGGACCUCCGUGUAGGACAAACAAGAACCCCAGCAUGAGCGGUGUGCGGAGAGAUUACCCGCUGGACACUGAGCAGAGGACAGAGUGGAAUGCCAGUCUGGAUUACUCUGUUCAAGAAGCUUCACAAACUCUGGCUUCACCCCCUUCGUGCUCUGUGAGGCAGGAUUUAAAAGUAGUUCCAAGUCUUGUAACUAAUAGUUGUCCUGGUGCAAGCUGUGGGAGAAUAUUGCUUCGAUUGCUUGACAGUUCUGUUCUCAUGACUUGUAGACUGUUUGCAGACUCAAACAAGAGUCAGUUUGCAGAAGCUCAUCCUAUUUAUUUUUUUGCACAGAAUGCCUGAGGCACUGACUCAGUGCUGGUCCUUUUCAUAAGUUUGUAUCUUUGUUUUAUUUUCGUUUUAGUUUUUGUUGUUGGUGGUGGUGGUGGUGGGGUAAGAAAAUGGAUGGAUGGAUGGAUGUUUCACAAAUUUUGACAUAAUCACAACUCGUGGGUGCUCAGAAAGUGCAUGCCUCUGCCAAAGCCCAAUAGUUGUCUGUUCUGGCCUUAACGGAGUCAAAUUAGUAUACACCUUUUCAGAAAGCAAACAUAUGACAGUAGGUGUCUGUAAAGCAGAUGUUUGAAUUUUUAGUCAAUGUAAUGCAUUGUUUAAAAAA